AUGGACACAACUGAGGAAAACAUGCUUGAGCAGGAUCAGUUCGAAAACUGUAGAUACCAGUGGACUAAUACAGUAACAAAACUGCUGAUAGAAGAAAUAAGACAACAUAUAUCAAUGUUAACCAACAAAAAUAGCAUGCAGAAAAAAAUAUGGAAGGAAAUAGCAAGUAACUUCAAGAAAAGAGGUUACAACGUAACUGACGAACAAUGUUUUGUUAAAUGGAAGAACUUGAAACAGAAAUAUAAGUCGGUGCGUGAUGCUAAUAAUGAGACUGGCAAUGCUAAAGUAUCUUGGGAAUACUUCGAUUUAAUGGACGAGUUUAUGAAUACUACACCCGAAACUGCUAAAAAAAAUGUAUGUAUAAAAGAAAGUAGUGAAUCCAACGAUGAAAAUACAGUACCUAACACUACUUCUACUUCUUCUACUACUUCUUAUGGUACAACACGCAAUAUCAGAAAACGUGCAAGACAAGAAAAUGAAUUAGCAUAUUAUGAACAACUUUAUAAACAAAGAGAAGAGCAUCAUAAGGAUAACAUAGAAAUGCAAAAUAGAUUUUUAACGUUACUUAAAGAUAUUUACAAACAAAAUGAGUGA